UUUAUGUGGCUUGAUUUGAUGGUUCGUUGGAUUGAUUUCACCACCUUAACGUGUGUGUUACCAGUCAGUCUGCUAGACGUAAACAAAACCAUCCAGGAUGGCAGAGACAAGUCCAUCUACGAUGACCCCCGAAGAAAAGCUUGCUUUAAUAAAAAGGAACCUUCAGGAAAUCGUUGGCGAAGAGCGUCUCGUUGAGAUGCUUCGUGAGCGAGAUAUCAAGGUGUACUGGGGGACUGCCACCACUGGGAAACCACACAUUGCCUACUUUGUGCCCAUGUCAAAACUCGCUGAUUUCCUGAAGGCUGGCUGUGAGGUGACGAUUUUGUUCGCGGAUCUUCACGCUUACCUGGACAACAUGAAAGCGCCGUGGGAUCUGCUCCACCUGAGAGCCCAGUACUACGAGGCUGUGAUCAAAUCCAUGCUCAAGUCUAUCGGUGUGCCUCUGGAGAAACUCAACUUUGUGAAAGGAAGUGACUACCAGUUGAGCAAAGAGUACACCCUGGACAUGUACCGUCUGAGCUCCAUAGUGACGCAGCACGAUGCCCAGAAGGCCGGUGCUGAGGUGGUCAAGCAGACGGCCAGCCCUCCUCUGAGUGGACUGCUCUACCCCGGCCUGCAGGCUCUGGACGAGGAAUACCUCAAAGCAGACGCCCAGUUUGGUGGAGUGGACCAAAGGAAAAUCUUUAUGUAUGCGGAGAAGUACCUGCCACAGCUUGGUUACAAAAAGAGAGUUCAUUUGAUGAACCCCAUGGUACCUGGUCUACAAGGCACUAAGAUGAGUUCGUCAGAGGAAGAUUCGAAGAUUGAUCUAUUGGAUUCUGCGGCGCAAGUGAAGAAGAAGCUAAAGAAAGCCUUCUGUGAGCCAGGGAACAUUGAAAACAAUGGCGUCUUGUCAUUUUGUGAAUAUGUGCUGUACCCUCUGAGGGCGGUUAAUGGGUUUGAAGUCAAGCGGGCUCCUGAAUACGGUGGUGAUGUCACAUUCAAGACCUAUGCUGAGCUAGAGACGGCUUUUAAAAAUGAGGAGGUGCACCCUGGAGAUCUGAAGAGUGCUGUUGAAUCGUACUUGUUUGACCUCAUGGAACCUAUCAGGAAAGAGUUUGAGAGUCCUGAGCUGAAAAAGCUCACAGCUAUGGCUUACCCAGUUCAAAAGAAAAAAGGAGCCGCAGCUUCACCAGCUGCUGCAGCGGGAGGUGACGAAGUGGUUCCUUCACGUCUGGACUUGAGAGUGGGCAAAAUCACAGCAGUGUCUCAGCAUCCUGACGCGGACUCACUGUACGUGGAGACGGUGGAUCUGGGAGAGUCGGAGCCCCGCACGGUCAUCAGCGGGCUGGCCGGUCUGGUGCCCAUGGAAAGCCUUCAGGACAGAGUGGGCGUGUUCCUGUGCAACCUCAAGCCUGUCAAGAUGAGGGGCAUCGAGUCGCAGGCCAUGCUCAUGUGUGCCUCUAUAGACGACCCCCGCCAGGUGGAGCCACUGGUGCCACCCGAGGGCAGCGCUCCUGGCGACCGCGUCUUCAUCGAUGGCUACCAGGACGGCAAGCCCGACGAGAAACUCAAUCCCAAGAAGAAAGUUUGGGAGAAGUUGCAGCCGGACUUCCGUGUGAACGAUCAGAGUGAGGCGGAGUGGCAAGGUAGCGGGAUGUUGACGAAACUGGGCAAAGUGGUCACCAGCACAGUGAAAAAUUCACCUAUAAAAUGAUUUCUGUAGAAGUAGUUUGUGUUCUUUUGCUUUCUCUGUAAAAUCAUAAGUUAUUGUGUUGGUUUGAAAGGGGUGUAUUCUGAACUUUGUUGGGCAUUCAGGUGUAUUAUGUCAUUGUACUUAAUUGAUGAAAACCUCAUGGGAAGAGUGAAUGAAGGCAGUAGAUGUUGUUUGCAGGUGUAUCUCUUCCUCCUAGUCACACGUUUUGAUAGACAUCAUGGUCAUGAUUGUUCAUAGAUUUCUCACCAAUACUUGUCACCGCAUAAGUUUUCUGGCAGAAUUGGUCUAAUCAGCCACAGCAGAAGCCUCAAGUCAUCUUAACUUUUAAUUCUUCUAUUUCGCUUACGAAAUAUUCUCCUCUGGGGAUGUAUUGGUCAUCAUCAGAUAUUGACAGUGGAGUUAUUCUGAUAAUUAGCUCUGUAAAUGAUAGUCUUCAUUUUCUGGUUAGGUAUUCAAACAGAUUUUAUUGACCCUUAGGAUAGACCAAUACACGGGUAAUUUGUCUCUGUUUUUGUGUAUUCUUAUUUUUCUGUGACUGAAUUUUUUACAUCAGACAGAACAGAUAUUUGGGAGUAUUUUUAUCCCCUGUACUCUUUGUGUCCCGUAUAGUAUAAGAAUUAAUGUUCAACAUUUUCUCAGAAUAUCUUUGCAUGUGAACUUCCCAGUUUUUACGCUUGUUUCACUGUUUUUCUUCACGGGAUUGAGUGGAGGAUUUUUUUUCAUUCUUCUCAGCUUUUUUUUUCUGUCAUAACUUAAUGGCUUCCAGUGAAUUGCUUUGUGUGCCAUCAAGGAUCAUGAUUCUUUCAUUUCACUUAAGUCGAUUAUCUUGAGGAAGAGCAGGCAGCUCUUAGGGAUGGGGAAGUGACUUCAUUCUGGAAUAAGAAAGUACAAUGAUUGCAGUAAACAAUUUGUCUCCCACCAGUU